AUGGCGACGAACGUGGAGUGUCACGCAGAGGACGCGUUUAUACGCGGGUUGACGAAGGAUGCGGUUUCGUGGUAUUUGGAGGACGCGUACGGAGAUUCGCUCGGACGCGAUGGCGCGCGCGCGCGAUUCGUCGGUCGAGAAUUGGGAGGGUGGUAUUUACAACAGUUGAUCAAGCUCGGCGCGGCGACGUCGACGGCCAUCGCGCAUCCGCCGCUGAGCCGAAAGUUUUUGCUGUGGGAUUUGGACAUGAUCCCCUUGCGCCCGUUGACGCUGUUCAAGGGAGAGAUUCCAGUGAGACAAAUCGGUGGUAACGUCAUCAAGUCGUACGAGGCGGCGUACGAGACGCUCACGGGUGAUCGUCUGAAGUACGCCAAGGAUGGUACGUCCUACGUCACGCAUCAAAUGGUCGUCGACGCGUCCAUCAUGGAGGAGAUGCUCGAUGCGUUCGCACGCAAAGCUGAUCGCACAGACGAACUAGCGACGACAAGCGACGAACUCCCGCGAUGGGCUACCGCGGUUUUGCAAUCGUUGAACCGCAAAGAUCUCACGCUCGGCUUUAGCGAAUACGCGACGUACGCCUCGUACGUCGUCGAUAAUCACCCGUCCGAGGUGUCCGUGGAAUCGCGCAAAAAGUGGGCGCGCGCGAGCGGUGGCAAGCUUGGGAUAUCGUUCCAGCGCUGGAUCAACCACGAUGGUCUGUGUUGCCCGGGUCCGGGCGUGCUCGGGUUGAUGAAAUCUCGACGGUUCGAUUACGUGGGGCACGAAAUCGGUCACGUAGAAUCGUGCCGAUACGACUCUCCCGAACACGAGUUCUCGUACGGGUUACCCAUCACUGUGCCGGACUGA